CGCCAAAUUCAAAUUGUGAGGAAAAACUGGGAGAAAGGGAGCAGCUGCAACAGAGGAAAGACGAUUCUCUCACGUAUCCGUUUGCGGGAUGACAAAUCUGGCUUUUUGGAAAUUAUUCUUGGUGUGAAAAACACCUUGCGAGUGGCAUGUUUGUUAAUCACCCAACUUCAGACUGGCUGCCUGAACCGAUAACCUGACUUAUUAAGAAAGAUGCAACAAUCUGCUUUUUCUGACCAUUACCGAUUUCUAGUUUUUGAUUUCUACAGGCAGUACAGUCAUGGAUGGGCUUGGAAGAGCUGUGGUUGGGGUCUGGCGGGCGCACACAACCCUGGAUGAAUCUGAUGGAGCAGAGAGCUCCCCAGAAGUACCUGAUCGUUUCCGUAAGAUGCGCUCCUCAUCCUCGCUCGGCUCUCUGCGGAUGUCCUUGCGGAACCGGCUGCCGCUGCGCACCGUUCAGGCAAACUCCCUCCCGGAGACUUCAGCCUCAGAAAUCCAGAAGGACCAUCCCAAACCCAAUGUGGCCCGCAAGCUCUCUCGCAGCGCCAGGAACUCGAUCAGCGGAAUGUGUCAGAGGUUUCAAAGGACUAGAGAGUUUUCACGUGAGGAGUGUUUGGUGGCCACCCCUGGUCGAGAUGCAGAAUUUGCAGGUGCAUCAUCUUCUUGCACUCCACGUCGUACUCCUCGUCGAGCUGCAACACCCAGACGCACCCCUAGAUCUGCUGCCAAACCCAGCCGCAGUCCGGGGUCUAGAGAACGGAAGACCCCUGAAGCGUUUGUACAUAGGGUGAAAACAGCUAGAGGCAGGAGGCAGCUGGUCCGAAUGGCUGCUUUGCGAAGUCCCUUUUCUUCUCCCAACACAGAGAACCAAAGACUAACAUUUGACAAGGAUUUGGAGUCAGUUUCCAGUGGAAUCAGAAGGCUGAAAUAUCUGUCCAAGGCUUUUGAUGACAUAAUUCGAAGAGAAGAUAGGGAGCUCAGAUGUCCCCUGAUUGUGGAAUAGGACCAAAGGCCUGGGUCAAGCAACUGUCCUGGAGGGGCAAUGAUGAGAAAGUUGGACCCUCGCGGUAAACUCAGUCGGUCAAACUUCACACGUCGAGCAUCGCACCUCUCAAACACAUUUGGAGGAUGGGCUAACACAGCUGUGAACACUAUUCGGAAACCCAACUGAACUACACGAGUACAAGUGUGUGUUAAGUGUAGGACCUUCUGUAGCCAUGUUUUAAACGUUUCAUUGUGGAUUCACUGUUACCUGUACAGAGACUUUUCUAUAGCUGCUUGUUUCUGUGUGUUAUGUGUAUGUUUAGCAUUAUUUGUGAGUCUUGUGUUUAUAUGUCUCAGGUUAGCUCUGUGUGGGUUGAACAUCCUCAUAACUACCAAAGGGAGUCCAUCUUUCCUGAUGAAACAAUAUUUUUAGUUACAUAUUUUAAAUAGUUCAAAGAAAUGCUGCACUAUAGUCAGAUUAUAGCUAUAAAACUAACAGUAAGAGGACAGGUUGUUUUUCCUUACUUUACUUUAUGUAUGCAAAAAUCCUAACCUUUUUAUACCAUUUUCUUUAUUUUCUUUUUAAUAAACCAAAUUUGAUAUCAUGCUUUUUUUAUAUAUAGUCUGGGUAGUAUUUAAAUGGGCACUUUCUAGCAGAGGUUGUUGCUUGCAAUGGUCUGUGAAUGAUUCAUGCACCAAUACAGUACACAUAAAUCAUCCGAUAAUGUGAUGGGAGGGUUAAAGGCUCAUUACCAGAUGACGGAAGCGAUGAUGAUGUUAUGAUGAAGAAUCCAGCAAGUUAUUAGUGUAGCGACAGCCUCAAAUGAAGCAAAAUGUUCUUUUCUUUCUUUCUUUGCUAUGCUUCCUAUUUCUGGCUUAACGGGGGAAAUGGGAGAGGCUGUGCCUAAAUGUGAAACAAUAAAAACUAUGCUAGCCAACAAUA